AUGUACGUUAAACAGAUUAUCAUCCAAGGCUUUAAAAGCUACAAGGACCAGACGGUCAUCGAGCCAUUCUCCCCGAAGCACAAUGUCAUCGUUGGUCGUAAUGGCUCCGGAAAGAGUAACUUCUUUGCGGCCAUUCGUUUCGUCCUCAGCGAUGCUUACACCCACCUGGGCCGAGAGGAACGCCAGGCCCUUCUUCACGAAGGUUCGGGAUCCGCUGUGAUGUCGGCUUACGUCGAGAUCAUCUUUGACAACUCUGACGACCGGUUUCCCACUGGCAAACCGGAAGUGGUCCUUCGCCGCACCAUCGGACUGAAGAAGGAUGAAUACACGCUUGACCGCAAGAAUGCGACGAAGUCCGAUGUGAUGAACUUGCUCGAAUCCGCCGGGUUUUCCCGUUCAAACCCCUACUACAUCGUGCCUCAGGGUCGUGUCACCGCUUUGACUAACAUGAAGGAUUCCGAACGUCUCAAUUUGUUGAAGGAAGUUGCGGGAACGCAGGUAUAUGAAGCGCGCCGUGCAGAAUCGUUGAAGAUCAUGCACGAGACGAACAACAAGCGAUCCAAGAUUGACGAGCUACUGGAAUUCAUCAACGAGCGCCUUGCGGAGCUGGAAGAAGAAAAGGACGAGUUACGAAACUACCAAGAUAAGGACAAGGAGCGCAGAUGCUUGGAAUAUACGAUCUACUCUCGCGAACAGCAAGAAAUCUCCAGUUUCUUGGACAGUCUUGAAGAACAGCGUCAAACCGGCGUCGAGGAUACCGAUCUCAACCGUGACCGUUUCAUCCAAGGGGAGAAGGAAAUGGCCCAGAUCGAUGCUGAAAUUGCCGAAUGCAAGCAGCAGAUUGAGUUCCUGAAGGUAGACAAGGCACAGCUGGAGGAUGAGCGUCGUGAGGCCUCCAAGGCCCUUGCGCAGGUGGAAUUGCAAGCAAAAUCACUAUCGGACAACCAAGUUGCCGCUCAAGCCUCGAAACUACGCCGCGACGAAGACCUGAAGGCUGUUCAGAGUGCUAUCCAGGAACGUGAGCAAGAGCUGCAGCAACUGAUGCCUCAGUUCAACGCCGCCAAGGAUCAGGAGGAUACUGUAAAGACGCAGCUUACCGAGGCAGAGACUGCCCGCCAGCGACUAUACGCCAAGCAAGGUCGUAACUCUCGCUUCCGCAACAAGAGUGAGCGCGACAAGUGGCUGCAAGCGGCGAUCAAGGAUAACUACGCUUCUAUCACUUCUGUCCAGGGUGUAUUGGCACAGACCCAAGAAGAUAUCAAGGAACUCGAAAAUGACAUAGCACUCCUGGAGCCAGAGAGCGAGCUCUUGCGCAAGCAGAUUGAUGGCAGAGGCGACACGAUCCACUCCGUCGAACAACAAGUUCAAUCUGCGAAGGAUGAGAGAGACCGGCUGAUGGAUCAGAGAAAGUAUGUAUUUCAUGGUUUUGUAACCGUUUGUUUUUGGAUGAGUGUGAUGAGCUGACGAUGUACUAGGGAAUUGUGGAGAGAAGAAGCGAAACUGGAUUCGAUCUUGUCUAAUGCCUCCCACGAAGUGGAGCGUGCCGAGCGAAAUUUGUCCCAGAUGAUGGACCACAAUACGAGCCGUGGCAUUGCUGCUGUCCGGAGAAUUAAGCGCCAGUACAACCUCGAAGGAGUGUAUGGCACUUUGGCGGAGCUGUUCGAGGUCAGUGAUAGGUACCGGACCUCUGUCGAAGUCACAGCGGGCCAGAGUCUGUUCCACUAUGUCGUCGACACCGAUGAAACCGCUACAAAGGUGCUCGAGAUCCUCCAGCAAGAGAAGGCUGGUAGAGUUACGUUUAUGCCAUUGAACAGACUACGAUCUAGACCUAUCAACAUGCCCAGGGCAAGUGACACUAUUCCCAUGAUCGAGAAGCUUCAGUACGACUCAAAGUAUGAGAAGGCUUUUGUUCACGUGUUUGGAAAAACCAUCAUCUGCCCGAACCUUCAAGUCGCUUCUCAAUAUGCCCGCAGUCACGGUGUCAAUGCGAUCACACCGGAGGGAGAUCGUUCGGAUAAGAGAGGUGCUCUUACUGGUGGUUUCCACGAUUCGCGGCAGUCACGCCUUGAUGCCGUGAAGAACCUGGCCAAGUGGAGGGACGAGUAUGAGACGAAGAAGAACCGUGGAUCAGAGAUCAGAAAGGAGCUCGAGCAGCUGGACCAACUCAUCACAAGAUCGGUUGGUGAGCUGCAGAAGUUGGAACAACAGAGACACCAGGUGCAAAACAGCAGUGGACCUAUGCGGCAAGAACUACGGGCCAAGCGCGACCUUCUGCAGAAGAAGAAUGACAACCUUGAUGCGAAACGACGGGCGCUUCGCAACAUCGAAGGCAACCUGGCAGCGGUCACUGACCAAGUUGGCGCAUUUGAGGCGGAAUUGUCCUCGCCCUUCCAGAAAGCGCUCAGCAAUGAAGAAGAAGCGCGCCUAGAGGAGCUCAACAACACAGCUCAGGAGCUCCGGCGGCAGUACCAGGAGCUUUCCAGCCAGCGCAGUGAGCUGGAAGGAAGGAAAUCCAUCCUCGAGGUUGAGUUGCGGGAGAACCUCAACCCGCGCCUGGACCAGCUUGUCGGCCAGGACAUGGACUUAGCGGACGAUAGCCAAGGAAAUCUGAAGGAGACACAGAGAGAAAUGAAGCGCCUUCACAAGGCCCUGGAGAAACUUGGCCAGCGUCUCCAGCAGGUUGACGAGUCCAUCGAUCAGGCCAACGCUCGCGUGGGCGACCUGCAACAGAGGAAUGCCGAGACACGGCGAGAGCUGGAAGAAUUGGCCAAAUCUAUCGAGAAGCACCAGCGGCGCAUGGAAAAGAGCAUGCAGAAGAAGGCUGCCUUGACGAAGCAAGCGGCUGAGUGCGCUUCUAAUAUCCGUGACCUGGGAGUCCUGCCAGACGAGGCUUUUACCAAGUAUAAGAACACAGAUUCCAACGCCGUAGUCAAGAAGCUCCACAAGGUCAACGAGAGUCUCAAGAAAUACUCUCAUGUCAACAAGAAGGCGUUCGAGCAAUACAACAACUUCACCAAGCAGCGAGAGGCGCUGACAAGCCGGAGAGAAGAACUCGAAGCUUCCGAGAAAUCUAUCGACGACCUCAUCAACGUGCUUGACCAACGGAAGGACGAGGCCAUCGAACGAACCUUCAAGCAGGUCUCCCGCGAGUUUGCCAAUGUCUUCGAGAAGCUCGUCCCCGCUGGCCGUGGACGUCUGAUCAUCCAGCGUAAGACCGACCGCGCCCUUCGGCAACCCGACGAAGUCGACUCCGAGGACGAGGAGGCCCGCGAGAGCGUCGAGAACUACGUUGGAGUUGGUAUCAGCGUCAGCUUUAACAGCAAGCAUGAUGAACAACAGCGUAUCCAGCAGCUCAGUGGUGGACAAAAGAGUCUUUGCGCCCUGGCAUUAGUCUUCGCCAUUCAAGCCUGCGAUCCCGCCCCCUUCUACCUGUUCGACGAGAUCGACGCCAACCUCGACGCCCAGUACCGAACCGCCGUUGCGCAAAUGCUGAAGUCCAUUUCCGACUCGACCAACGGCCAAUUCAUCUGCACUACUUUCCGACCCGAGAUGUUGCACGUGGCCGAAAAGUGCUACGGCGUCAGCUUCCGGCAGAAGGCCAGUACGAUCGACGUUGUGUCGAGAGAAGAAGCACUGAAGUUCGUGGAGGAGCAGAAGUCGUAG